AUGGCAUACAUCAUCGCCGUGAAUGUACGAAGAGAUUUAAUCACAGCUACGGCAGCCAUAGCCGGCGUCGCCUCCCUAUUCUUUGGACUGCUGACCAAUCUACCCGUUGCCCUUGCUCCAGGAAUGGGUCUCAACGCCUAUUUUGCCUACCAAGUUGUUGGCAGCAACGGCUCUGGUUCCAUCUCCUAUCGAACCGCCCUUACCGCCGUCUUCUUUGAAGGUAUCAUAUUCAUGUUCCUCGCUCUGACAGGGAUGCGUCAAUGGCUUGUUAGGCUCAUCCCCGCCACCAUUAAGACCGCUACUGGUGUUGGAAUUGGGUUUCUCUUAACAGAGAUUGGGCUGUCCUACUCGUCUGGCAUUGGCGCCAUCACAGGUGGCGGCACAUCGACCCCUCUAGCUUUAGGCGGCUGCCCUCCUAAUAUGAUCAACGCAGAGACGGGAGGCUGUAAUGCUGGUCAGAUGUCGAGCCCAACGAUGUGGCUCGCCGUCUUUUGCGGUGGUGUCGUGACGGCCUUCCUUAUGGCGUUCAGAGUCAAGUACGCUCUCGUCAUUGGAAUUGCACUUGUCUCAAUCAUUUCUUGGCCCCGCAACACUCCAGUCACUUAUUUUCCCAAUACCCCUGAAGGCGACUCUCGUUUUUCCUUCUUCAAACAAAUCGUUGCAUGGCACCCUCUAUCUAAGACCAUCAACCAGCUUGACUGGGGCCUCGAAUCUACCAGCACCUCUCACUUUAUUCUUGCUCUCUUCACGUUCCUCUACGUCGAUAUAAUCGACGCUACUGCCACUCUAUACUCCAUGGUCCGCUUCUGUGGUGUCGUCAAUCCGAAAGACGGUGAUUUCCCUCGUUCAACCAUUGCAUACUGCACUGAUGCGGCCUUCAUCUCGAUUGGAGCUCUAUUCGGAUGCUCUCCUAUCACAGCAUUCAUCGAGAGUGGCGCGGGUAUCGCAGAAGGUGGGCGCACCGGCUUCACUGCUGUGGUUGCAGGGCUUUGCUUUAUCAUCUCCAUCUUCUUUGCUCCUAUAUUUGCUUCUAUUCCGCCGUGGGCUACGGGAUGUACUCUCAUCUUAGUUGGGUGUAUGAUGAUUCGCCAAGUCACACAGGUUAAUUGGCGCUACAUUGGCGAUGCUCUUCCUUCUUUCAUUGUCAUGUCGUUCAUACCGUUUAGCUACAGCGUCGCAUACGGUCUCAUUGCCGGGCUAUUUGUCUAUUCCAUCCUCAACGCCCUCAUCGGUCUCGUGGUUUUGCUCUCAAACAACCGUAUCGAACCCCGGGAAUACGACCUCAAAGAAUACUGGACAUGGAAGGGUUCCGGCCGACCACCCUGGUUUGUCCGAGCCAUGAGGAAAGACAGAAACCGCGCUUCACCUUCUUCAGAGGAUAGUAGCAAUACAGUUCCGCCUGCCGCUGAUGAAAACGAAAGCCAACGCGGGCUUAGCCUCCAGCAAAGCCGCGACAAUCCUCCCAACAGGGAUGGUUCUGCAGCCAUAGCUGGGCAAUCUGUGUUGCAGAUUGAUCACGAUGAAGAAGAUGACUACCAUCAUUCCUCUCCCAUUAGGGGUAUUGCUCGUUGA